UUGUCAGACCGCGCUGAUCGGUUUGUAUUUUGUGAUUGGUAUAUUCCUCGUCCUGUGGGAGACAGACCCGUUCAGACACUGAGGGAGAGCAGAGAGGAGAAGAGAACAAAGAGAGACUAACAGCACGCAGGUGACAUCCAGGGAGGGGCUGACGUGAGCUGACUGCAAGAGAGGGGUUUAAAUAUGCAGUGCAGUCUAGUCUACACAGAUUACCUGUCGCUGUCCGUUUGAGCUGCCUAUUUACCCUGAAGAGAAGAAUUGAACGUUCAGAGCACUAGAGCCGUGCUGCACAUCCCACUGACAAUACCUGAAGACUGCCUUAUCUUGGUGAAAGUGAAGGAACAAAGAUGGAAUCUGUUUACAUUAAACAGGAGGAGGUUGUGGAACUGGCACCUAUCUGCAUUAAACAGGAGAUGCCUGAACUGGAGCCUGUCCACAUUAAAGAAGAGACUGAACUAGAGCCUGUCCACAUUAAAGAAGAAGAGACUGAACUGGAGCCUGUCCACAUGAAAGAAGAGACUGAACUGGAGCCUGUCCACAUGAAAGAAGAAGAGACUGAACUGGAGCCUGUCCACAUGAAAGAAGAAGAGACUGAACUGGAGCCUGUCCACAUUAAAGAAGAGACUGAACUGGAGCCUGUCCACAUGAAAGAAGAAGAGACUGAACUGGAGCCUGUCCACAUUAAAGAAGAGACUGAACUGGAGCCUGUCCACAUGAAAGAAGAAGAGACUGAACUGGAACCUGUCCACAUGAAAGAAGAAGAGACUGAACUGGAGCCUGUCCACAUUAAAGAAGAGACUGAACUGGAGCCUGUCCACAUUAAAGAAGAGACUGAACUGGAGCCUGUCCACAUGAAAGAAGAAGAGACUAAACUGGAGCCUGUCCACAUUAAAGAAGAGACUGAACUGGAGCCUGUCCACAUUAAAGAAGAGACUGAACUGGAGCCUGUCCACAUGAAAGAAGAAGAGACUGAACUGGAGCCUGUCCACAUUAAAGAAGAGACUGAACUGGAGCCUGUCCACAUUAAAGAAGAGACUGAACUGGAGCCUGUCCACAUUAAAGAAGAGACUGAACUGGAGCCUGUCCACAUUAAAGAAGAGACUGAACUGGAGCCUGUCCACAUUAAAGAAGAGACUGAACUGGAGCCUGUCCACAUGAAAGAAGAAGAGACUGAACUGGAGCCUGUCCACAUUAAAGAAGAGACUGAACUGGAGCCUGUCCACAUUAAAGAAGAGACUGAACUGGAGCCUGUCCACAUUAAACAAGAGGAGACUGAACUGGAGCCUGUCCACAUUAAAGAAAAGACUGAACUGGAGUCUUUCUGCAUUGAAGAGGAGUCUAUUGACUUGCUGUUUAAGGAUUCAGAAAACAUAUCCCUGCCAAAGAUAUCACAUCAAUGUACUGAAUGUGGGAAGAACUUCAGUCAGUUAAGAAGCCUAAAAAGACACCAGAGAAUUCAUACUGGAGAGAAGCUGCAUCACUGCAGUGACUGUGGGAAGAGCUUCAGUCAGUCAGGACACCUAAAAUCACACCAGCGAACUCACACUGGAGAGAAGCCGCAUCACUGUUCUGACUGUGGGAAGAGCUUCAUUCGGUUAGGAAGCCUAAAACAACACCAGCGAAUUCACACUGGAGAGAAGCCAUAUCGCUGUUCUGAAUGUGGAGAUUGCUUCAGUAUGUCAGGAAGCCUAAAAAGACACCAGCGAAUUCACAGUGGAAAGAAGCCGUAUCAUUGUGUUAAAUGUGGGAAGAGUUUCAGUCUGUCAGGAAACCUAAAAAGACACCAGAGAAUUCACGCUGGAGAGAGGCCGCAUCACUGCUCUGACUGUGGGAAGAGCUUCAGUCAGUUAGGACACCUAAAAUCACACCAGCAAACUCACACUGGAGAGAAGCCACAUCACUGCUUUGACUGUGGGAAGAGCUUCAGGCGGUAAGGAAGCUUAAAAAACACAGGUGAAUUCACACAGGAGAGAAGCUGUAUCACUGCCCUGAUGGUGGGAAGCGCUUCAUUCAGUUAGGAAGCCUAAAACAACACCAGCAAAUUCACACUGGAGAGAAGCCGUAUCACUGCACUAAAUGUGGGAAGAGUUUCAGUCUGUCAGGAAACCUAAAAACACACCAGCAAAUUCACAGUGGAAAGAAGCUGUAUCACUGUACAAAAUGUGGCAAUACAUUUGCUUUCUGUGGUUAAGUGAAAAGACAUAAAUACCAGUUUUGAAAAUGCAGAUGAAGCUGAUAGAAAUCAAUAUUCCAGGCAGUGUUACAAUGGUCCUUGUUUUCGGUCCUUCCAGUCCAGGUCUUUGCUUCAACCAGAUUGUAGAUUAAUGAAUCAACCUUCUUAUAAAUCAUUCAGGACCUAAUUGGAAGCGAGGGCCACUGCUUUAUACCAAUCAAAACUGAGUGUGAUGCUCCAGUGAUAUUUUUUGAAAGGAAUCCUGUCUAUGUGCCAGCCUAAGGGUGUUUAAUCAUGUUUUAGCAUAAAUGUGAGAAUGAGUGUGUGCCAAAGCAGCUGUGCUUGCAUUUCAAUCAGUAGUAUAAGUAGGCUAUGACUACCUGCAACCUUUAUGAAUUGUGUAUGAACCUGAAUAUGGUUAUUAUUAUGGGGGGUAUCAAUUUCAUUAAUAGGGGUAAUGAAUACUACAUGAAUAACAUCAUGAAUAAGGGCCGGCAUGACAACAUGAAUAGGCCACUGCGGUCGCGCAGACAUGGUUAAGGUUUGAAUGAAAGUCCUGUUUACAGUCGGUUUUACAAGCAGCUCAAAAGGGAGGUAACAUCCCACCAAUAUGCAUUUUUAUGUGUGGUCGGAUUGGCAGGCUCAUCAAACCAUGUGAAUGGGGUAGCAUUUGGCUGAAUACUUUUUGAGAUACAGAGUGGCAAAAAGCAGCAUUUUUUUUUAAUAUACCUGGAUCUCAAAAAG